CUGCAGGAGGGAGGAGGAGUGACUUCCAGCCAACCGUCGACAGCUCCUCCGGAGUUUAGACAUCAGAGAAAGAUGAGGAACUGCUCUCUGCCGCUGAGCCGAGGAAUGAGACGGAAUUAAAGUUCAACAUUUACUCGAGAAAACACGGAGAAUCGACUAACUCUGCAAUGAAAUGAGUGUCUUUUACUUUCAGCUAAACCCUGACUGCGAGCAUCCCACGCUGAACACGGUGGACUCACUUGCUCACUUCUGACAUCCAGUGUCAGCAGCCGGUGCUGUGAAGAUGAUCAACCCUCAAAUAUACCUCCACUACAACUACACAGGAAAGUUGGACCACCGGCCCAGAGUUGGCACGAGCCCAGGCACCGUGGACACCCAAACCAUCGUGUUCCUCAUCAUAUGCAGCUUCAUUGUUCUGGAGAACCUCACUGUGCUGGUGGCGAUAUGGAGAAACCAACGGUUCCACAAUCGCAUGUACUUCUUCAUCGGCAACCUGGCGCUGUGCGACAUGCUGGCCGGAGUCGCUUACCUGGUCAACCUGCUCCUGUCAGGAGAGAAGACCCUGCAGCUCUCACCUGCUCUCUGGUUUGUCAGAGAAGGGAGCAUGUUUGUAGCACUUGGCGCCUCCAUUUUCAGUCUCCUGGCUAUUGCCAUAGAGCGACACCUGACUAUGAUCAAAAUGAGGCCUUAUGAUGCCAACAAGAACUACAGAGUGUUUCUGCUCAUAGGAACAUGCUGGCUGAUCGCCAUAUCUCUUGGAGCGUUGCCUAUUCUAGGCUGGAACUGCCUCAACAACCUCCCCGACUGCUCCACAAUCCUCCCUCUCUACACUAAGAAAUAUGUAGCUUUCUAUAUCACAGUUUUCAUGGUUUUGCUCUUAGCCAUGUCAGUGUUGUAUGCCCGUAUCUACAUCCUGGUGAAGUCCAGCAGCCGAAAGGUGAGCAAGAACAGGAACUCUGAGCAUGCAAUGUCCCUGCUGCGCACUAUCAUCAUUGUAGUUGGAGUUUUCAUCGCCUGCUGGACGCCCCUCUUCGUCCUGCUCCUGGUGGAUGUGGCGUGCAAGCAGCGCUGCCCCAUCCUCUACAAGGCCGACUGGUUCAUUGCACUGGCUGUGCUCAACUCAGCCAUGAACCCCAUCAUUUACACCCUGGCCAGCCGCGAGAUGAGACGGGCCUUCCUGGGUCUGGUGUGUGGAGUCUGCUACAGGGGGAAGGUCUCUGUGAACGGCAGCGGGAACAAGCAGUCUCUAGAGCCGAGCCGCAGCAGGAGCAAGUCGUGGAGCAGCCAGAACAACCCCAACCAGAACCAGCACAGCUCCAGGCAGGCGGAGCUGGAGAGAGGGCAGGAGACGGCCAAUGGCGAGGUCUCAGUGGUGGCAGGAGGGGCCAGUCAGGCCGUCAUUGAGAGCGACAGAAAAGACUAA